GCGCGGGGGGAGUGCUCCACACCACAGGCAAGGUUACGUGCGACAGCAUCGGAGGUGGACGCGAGAUCGACUACUUCGCGGUCGCCAAGGGCCUCAGCCCUGCCCUCAGCCAGGCAGAGAGGGUGGCGGACAGUGAGGUCUACCCGCGCUGGCCAGUGCGGAUGCGCUGCCUGGAGCAGCCCAGGGAGGCCGAGGUGCUGCGCUUCAUCAAGCCGCGUGCCUUCCCCAUGGUGCUGCCAGUCGGGCGCGCGCCGCGGCCGCCGCAGUGGCCGCUGUGGCCGACCAGCCACACGGGCAGGCUCGACCAGGAGGACCUGGACAACUACUGGCGCCAGGUCUCGCGCACGGCAGAGGAUGAGCUCCUGGGCAUCUGCCAGACUCCAGAGGAGGAGCGCCCACGGUACCGCGGCCGAGGCGAUGCGCCGAAGACGGUGCUCGCGCCGCUCCUGGGCCCCAGGGCGAGGACUGGCGUCGGGCAGACGGUGGAGGCCACGGCCUGGCGCUGGGCGGCCAACAGGAUCGGCAGCCACAUACUGGUGGCUCAAGCAGCCAGGGCGAAGCGCCCAUACCCAGCCCGGGCGGCAUGGCUACGCGAGUGCCUCGGCAAGGCGUUGCACCGAGGGCGACGCCGCUUGCGGCAGCUCGGGGCCACGGGACAGUGGCUGGACCACCUCCUCUUCGACAUCGAGCACUGGCGGCUGCGCAAGGAUGGCGCUGAGGAGCGGCUCGCCGCAGUCAGGGAGAUACGGCGGUGGCUCCUUAAGCAGGCCAACAAGAUAGUGAGUGCGGUGGCUCAGCGACCCCCUGCGCCCAUCGCGAACUACAAGAAGGACGAGGUGGAGUUGCUUGACGGGCAGACGCUGGUGGAUGGGCAUGCCCACCAGUGGUGCCAGCUCUGGGCCUCGCACGGGGCCGACAGCCAAGGAGAGCGCGACCGACCUUGGGAAGGGCGAGUCUACCCCGCACCACUCGUCAGGGUUUCGGUCGAUCGGUUCAGGGAGGCAGCCAGGCUGUUCAAGACAAGCGCUGGCAUAGGCCCUGGCUGGUGGCACCCGAGAUGGUGGGCGUGGCUAUCGUCAGAGGGCACCCAGGCGCUGGUCGACAUCGCCGAGCACAUAUUCCACCACGUUCAUUGGCCUACCCAGGUAGAGCUGCUGGCCUACUUCCUGGUGCCGAAGCCGCACGAGGAUGGGCGCCGCCCGCUGGCCCUCUUGUGCUCCCUGGUUAGAGUUGUUGAAACGUUGAUGGCAGAUGAGUAUCGCAAAUGGGAAGAGAUAGUCGCACGGCCCUAUGACUGGGCUUGCAGAGGUAAAGGUGCUGAGGACGCGAUGUGGGGCCUCAUGCUCAGGGACGAGAGCUGCCCAGAGGACCACAUCAACGCGGCUGUGGUGAAGGACCUGUCCAAGGCGUUCGAGCACGUCACCAUGAGGCGCCUGUGGGAGCACGGGCGCAAGCUGGGGAUGCCAGAGCAGGUGCUCCACUUCAUGAUCUCGAUCUUCACCAUGGAGAGGGUCGUCGCGCCGGAUGGCAUGGUGGCCUCUACACGAAUGUACGUCAAGCUCUACGUCGACGACGCCACGCUCCACCUGCAGGGCGAGCGGGAGGCGGUGGUGCACGAGGCGAAGGAGUCUUCGAUGGCAGACAUACAGGCAGCUGAGGCAGAAGGCCUCCCGCUGUCGCUCACCACGCACAAGAACGGCGUCACCAAGAAGGGCAAGAGCUAUGUCUACACGGCAGACAAGCAGGCCAAGGCCAAGUACAAGCUCUGGGCGAAGGACUGGGGCCUGGAGAUCCAAGGGGAGGGCGUGCAGCUGGGCGUGGACUUCACGGGCGGUGUGGGCGCGCAGCGGCGGCCCAAGCAGCAGGGGCGCGUAGAGGUCAUGGUCGCGAGGGGUACCAAGCUGAACAUCCUUAAGAAGCAGGGCGCCAGCCUUGGCACGGCCAAGGAAGGCGUCAGCGCGGCUGGCCACGGCAGGAAAGGUGGCAUGGUCGGCAGUCAGAGGACCUGCAGAGGCAGUCCUGAGACCCUGCGCGGCCUCGGCUGGUCAUGGCCUGCGCCGUGGACGCUGCUCGCACCAGCGGGCGUCCAGGUGCCAUUGCACACGGUGGCGCCUAAGACGGUCAGGCAUAAGCUAGAGAGGGCCAUCGAGCGGCAGGUCCUCGCAAAGUGGGCCACAGAAAAGGGCAUCGCCGAGGAGGUGGGCUGCGCCAUCAAGGCCUACGUGGGGCAGGACUACUGCACACAGGCCAAGCUCCAGCAGCGCGGCACGGUAGCCGACGGCAUGUGCCAGCAGCGCAGGCGCGCGCUGGGCACUCAGAGGCGCCGCUUCGGGCGCUGCGAGGCCCACGAGGAGUGCAGGACCAAGCUCGCCGACAAGCAUGCGGGCACUGUGCAGCGCAUGGCGGGCUCAGGCGAGAGCUUGCUGCUCAACUGCGGCCUGGUGGCGCGCCCCAUCCAGGACGUUGAGGGCGACGCCCAGAUCGAGCAGUACCACUCGGUCAACGCAGAGGGCGACGACAUCUGCGAGGACGACGUCAUGCCGUUCAUCUCGGGGGUCUGCUUCACUGACGGCUCGGGCAAAGGCGCCAACACGCUCAAGGGCUACGGCUGGGGCUACAUGUGGUUCGAGGAGUCUGCUGGUGAAGGUCAGUACACGGCGCUUGGUGGAGCAUACGGAAGCCUGCCAGGAGUGCGAGCUGAUCUGUCGGUGGGGCGUGCCGAGCUCCAGGCCAUCUGGCAUGCCCUGAGCAGGGCGACGGCCCCCGCCACGCUGGUCACCGAUUACGAGAUGGCGGUGAGAGGCAUGAGGAGGGGCCGACAGUGGUGCACGGCGCCGCAGAGGAGCAACUGCGACAUCUGGAUGCGCAUCUGGAACGUCGUGGACGAGACCUUCCCGAACAUGGAUGGCCUCACGGCGGUGCAAGUGCGGUCGCAUGGCAGAGGGCAGAAUGCGUUCCACGUGCACGGCAACAAGAUCGCCGACGAGUUGGCGGUGAAAGGAGCGCAGCCGGCCAUGCCGCCGCAGUGGCAGAUCGACGUCUGGCAGGACCGCUGGAAGACGGUGCAGCAGGUGCUGGACUUCGUGGCAGGCAUGGCAGUGGAGGUCGGCGACUUCGGGGAC